AUGGCGGCGCCCGGAGCGCCCGGGCCCGGCCCGGCCGCCGCCGCCUUUGGCACGGUGCUGAUGGCGGCCCGGGCCGAGCUGGCCGCGCCCUGCCGCCUGCUGCCCGCCGCCGCCGCCGGCGCCGCGCUCCGCCUGCAGCUCAGCGUCACACCGGGAGCCGAAGGGCGGCGCCGCUUCCGCCUGGCGCUGCGGCGGGCGGAGGCGGGGGGCGGCGCGCCCCUGGCAGAGUGUGACCUGCGGGACGUGUCCUACCGCGUGUGCGCGGGGACAUCGGGGACAGCGGCACAGGAGGCGGUGGCGCUGCGGUUCCCCGAGGAGCGCGAGGCCCAGCAGUGGUGGACGGUGCUGAGCAGCUCCCUCAGGGAGGCACGCAGAGCUGCCGAGGGUGACACGGGGACAUCCCUGGUGCCAGCCACGGGGACAUCCCUGGUGCCACCACCCACGGGGACAUCUCUGGUGCCACCCGCCGAGGGGCCCGAGCAGGACGUGGAGGAGGCACAGAUCCUGGAGCUGGCACAGACAGAGGAGCUGGCCCUGCGGCUGGCCGAGGCGGUGGCAUUUGGUGACGAGGCGGUGGCGGCGCAGAGCGCGGAGCUGGCCCUGCGGCUGGCCGAGGCGGUGGCAUUUGGUGACGAGGCGGUGGCGGCGCAGAGCGCGGUGGCGCUGGCCCGGCGGCACGCGGAGCUGAGCGUGAGCCUGCGCCACAGGGACCCCGGGGGCCACGUCAGCAUGGCGGUGGGGGUGGAGGACGCCACGUCCUCGGCCAGCAUCACCCUGCGGGUGCAGCCCCACGUCACCAUCGGCACCCUCAAGGAGCAGGUGUUCCGCGAGUACGGCUUUCCCCCUUCAGCGCAGCGCUGGAUCAUCGGGCAGAGCCUGUGCCGGGACGGGCGCAGCCUGGCCUCCUACGGCAUCCGCCGCGACGGCGACCCCGCCUUCCUCUUCCUCCUCUCGGCACGAGCGGCGCUGGAACCGGCACCGGCAGCGGGAGCAGCACCGGGAGCGGGAGCAGCACCGGGAGCGGCCUCGGGAGUGGGAGCGGCCCCGGGAGCGGCCCCGGCCCCGGCGGGCCCCGAGCGGCAGCGGGAGCUGCAGGCGCAGGAGCUGCUGCGCGCCGCGGGGCUGCACGGGGACGGGGACGGACACGGGGACGGAGCACCUGGGGCAGGCCGUGUCCCCGAGGAGCCCCCGGAGCGGAUGGACAUCGGGGACAUCCGGGAUCACCUGGACUCGCUGCAGCUCUGGGACAGCGCCGGGGCCCCGCCCACGGGCCCUGAGCCCCGCCCACCCUCACCUGAGCAGGGCUGGCCGUGUCCCCAGUGCACGUUCCUGAACAAGCCCACCCGCCCUGGCUGUGAGAUGUGCAGCGCCCCCCGGCCCGAGGGGUACCGAGUGCCCGGGGGGCACCGCCCCGACCCCGCCGAGCUGCGGCGGCUGCAGAGGGAGCGCGACGGGACCCGGCAGUGCCAGCAGGCUCUGGAGGCGGAGCGGCAGCGGAACCUGGCGCAGCUGCUGCAGGCGGAGGAGGCGGGGCUGGUGCUGAACCCGGAGCCGCUCGAGUGCGGGAUCUGCCUGCAGGAGGUGCCGGCGGGCCGGGCCGUGCUGCUGCGCGACUGCCUGCACAGCUUCUGCCGGGAGUGCCUGCGGCAGGUGAUCAACUUCAGCGAGGAGCCGGUGGUGGCCUGUCCCUUCCGCGAUGUCACCUACGCCUGUGGCAGCCACCUGCAGGAGCGCGAGAUCCGCGCCCUGCUGUCCCCCGAGGAGCACGCGCGGUUCCUGGCCCGCGGGCUGGCGCUGGCCGAGCGCCGCAGCCGGAACAGUUUCCACUGCCGGGGCCGGGACUGCCCGGGCUGGUGCUUCUACGAGGACGCGGUGAACGAGUUCCCGUGCCCGGUGUGCGGGGCCCUCAACUGCCUCCUGUGCAAGGCCAUCCACGAGGGGCAGAACUGCCGCCAGUACCAGGACGAGCUGCAGCUGCGGGCGCUGCACGACGCGGCCGCGCGCCAGACGCGGGACAUGCUGCAGACGCUGGUGCAGCGCGGCGAGGCCAUGCACUGCCCCACGUGCCGCAUCGUGGUGCAGAAGAAGGACGGCUGCGACUGGAUCCGCUGCACCGUGUGCCAGACCGAGAUCUGCUGGGUCACCAAGGGACCCCGAUGGGGGCCGGGGGGCCCCGGUGACACCAGUGGCGGCUGUCGCUGCAACGUCAACGGGCAGAGGUGCCACCCCCGGUGCCAGAACUGCCACUGACCCCCCCGGGGACACCGAGGGACAGACAGACAGACAAAGGACAGAGCUGGCACCGGGCCAGAGACGCCUGAGGGCUCCAGGAGGGGCCACGUCCAGCAGGGAUGGAGAGAGAGGACACAGGGACAGACGGACAGAUGGA